AUGAUAACAACAAAUGGUAUGGAGGUAGAAUUGGUACUCACUGAUUCAGCUGGAAUGGAAGAUUACGACAGACUUCGUCCCCUUAGACUUUACCCAGAAACAGAUGUCAUUCUUUUGUGUUUCUCAAUAGGUAGUCCAGAUAGCCUAGAGAGUAUAGCAGAGAAAUGGACUCCUGAAGUAAAACGCUUCUGUCCAAAUGUACCAUUAAUACUUGUGGGUAAUUUUAAAGAUCUGAGAAAUGAUGAAAAUAUAAAACGAGAUCUUUUAAAAAAGAAACAAGAGCCUGUUCGACCAAAAGACGGCAGAGCAAUGGCAGAAAAAAUAAAUGCAUAUUGUUAUCUUGAAUGUUCGCCCAAAACAAAGGAGGGAGUGAGAGAAGUAUUUGAAACAGCCACCCGCGCAGCUCUACAAGCUAGAAAGAAGAUAACGGUGGUCAUAUGUAUUCUGUUGUAAUAUUUAGGUGUAUUAACAAGGAACAACAGCCUGGCAAAAUGGUAGAACUACCAUAGAAAAGUUUCCUCUUUGCUACUUUCAAUCAUUUUAAGUAAUAUUUUGUAAAAAUAUAUUUUUUUGUAUUCUUGUGCAUAAUGAAUUAUUUCAAUUGGAGUUCUUGUAUUGUCAUAUCAGAGUGAAAAAAGAAUAUUGCAUUAUAUUAUUUUUUAA